GGUACGCAUACCUAUUUGGAAAUCCGGACUCCACUCUCUCACGGUAAGCAUACCACAUUUUGGGUUUUCUCGUUUAAAAGGACGCCGCAAUGGCAAUUCAGCAUCCUUUUGUGGCGCGAAGCUACUGCAACCUGGCGGUUACUCGUGUGUCCUGAUUCCUGACCUUUUUCUCUUUUUUGGCUUAUGUUAUUCAUCUUUGUGCUCAAAAUCUGUCAUUGUUUUCACCAAUUCGGAUUCGGUUCCCUCUGUUUCAAGUUGACGCAUUUUUUCGAACAUCUGUUAGACCAUUCAUUCAAAUGAUACGAUGAUGGCCGGAAUGCCAAGCGAACGCGACCUGCUCUGAGAUGGGUUCAUGAGCUCUUUACUUGUUUGAAGAAGCCUUUGCCCAUGAGGAAUGUGACUGCAGGCCUCAAACGGCGGCAUUUAGCGGCUCUAUUUCUCCACCACCCUGCAAUUCUUGCCACGAAUUUACAUUGUGGUAUUACUUCUGCAACCGUUUCAAGGAGGUACCAUUUCACAGGAGGUCAAACAACUAUUGGAAUUGGGAGAAGAUUAUUUGAUUGGAAUCCAUCAUACUUGCUGCAUAGAAAUUCGUAUGUGAACGCCUGUUCUUCAACCAGCUUCACAAGUGUCCAUGGUGAAAGCCCAUCAGCUGAGUAUGCAAAAUUAAGGAAGGAAACGCUUGAGAGUCAAUUUGGGCAUGCACUAGGAACUUAUAGCUCUAAAAGCUUUUCUGCUUACUUCCAUUUUGGUCCUUUUUUGGCCUUGUAUCGAGCAGCAAUUAUUUCAUUCCAAGUGGCAAAAUUAACCGUAUGGCACUUCUUUCUUCAAGACAUACAUAAACGUGCAGCUAAGUUUCGGGAGACUCUGAUUCGCUUGGGGCCCUUCUAUAUUAAGCUUGGGCAGGCUCUAAGCACUAGGCAAGAUAUAUUACCAACUGCAUACUGCCAAGAGCUUGCUAAGUUGCAGGAUGAGAUACCCCCAUUUCCUACUCGGGUUGCAAUUCAGUCUAUUGAGUCUCAAUUGGGUAGACCUGUUGCACAAAUAUUUGCUGAUAUCAGCCCGGAGCCAAUUGCAGCAGCAUCGUUAGGGCAGGUUUAUAAAGCUCAUUUGCAUUCUGGGGAGCUUGUAGCUGUUAAAGUACAAAGACCUGGUAUGUCACAGUUAUUGACACUUGAUGCCCUGUUGUUUAAUAUGAUUGGAGGCCAGCUGAAGCGAUUUGCUAAGGCUCGGAAGGAUCUCUUAGUAGCAGUGAAUGAGAUGGUUAGGCACAUGUUUGAAGAAAUUGAUUAUGUCCUAGAGGCACAAAAUUCUGAGCGCUUUGCUUCUCUUUAUGCAUGCUAUCGAGAUCAUGGUGAGAAUACUCCACAAAAGGAUACUAUAAGAGAAGAGAAAGCAAACUUUAUUAGGGUUCCCAAAAUAUAUUGGAACCUUACUCGUAAAGCUGUGCUAACAAUGGAAUGGAUUGAUGGAAUUAAGCUCACAGAUACAGACCGAUUGAAGAAAGCCUGUUUGAAUCGGAAGGAACUGAUUGAUAUGGGACUCUACUGCUCACUAAGGCAGGUGCUUGAAGUGGGUUUCUUCCAUGCUGAUCCUCAUCCGGGAAAUCUAGUUGCUACAGUUGAUGGCUCUCUUGCAUACUUUGACUUUGGAAUGAUGGGAGAGAUUCCUCGCCAUUAUCGUGUUGGGCUUAUUCAAGUGCUUGUACACUUUGUCAACCGUGACUCUCUAGGCUUGGCAAAUGACUUUCUUUCUCUUGGAUUUAUUCCUGAAGGAGUUGAUAUAUUGUUGGUUUCAGAUGCCUUACAUGCAUCCUUUCAUGAUGGAGCUAGGCAAUCUCAAGAUUUCCAGGGCAUAAUGAACCAGCUGUAUGAUGUCAUGUAUGAAUUUAACUUCUCUCUUCCCCCAGAUUAUGCACUUGUAACAAGGGCUUUAGGAUCGCUUGAAGGGACUGCAAAAGCAUUGGAUCCUGAGUUCAAAGUUGUGGAGAGUGCAUAUCCUUUUGUUAUAAUGAGACUUCUUGCUGACUCAAAUCCGGAUAUGAGGAAAAUACUCAGAGAGCUUCUUAUCUGUAAUGAUGGAUCCAUCAGGUGGAAUCGACUUGAACGUUUGGUUGCAGCUAUCUCUGAACAAGCGUCAGGACCAUCUGAUGCCUCAAAAUUUUCUGGAUGGUCCCUUGACAUGCAUGCUGUUGUUACUGCCACGGAAGAUCUGUUCCAUUUUAUUCUAUCUGAAAAGGGUCGUAGGGUCCAGGUUUUCCUUGUUAGGGAUAUACUUAAGGCAGCGGAUACCUUUCUACUAGAGGUUUUUCCAUGCAUAUUUGAUGAAAAAUUUGAAACAAGGGAUCUUCCAAAAUCUGAGGGACAUGAGAUGAUCAGAAGGGUGCUAAAAGGGUUUCAGUCUCUCUAUCAAGCAGUAAAGCUAGCCCCAGAGGUUUGGAUGGCAAUGCUAAUACGUAUGGCAGAAAAACCUGAGGUUCAUAAAUUUACAUUGGAUGUCAUCUCUGCCUUAGCCACACAUUGUGGUAAUACGAUGUCGGAAGAAAUAUGGCUUUGUAUAUCUAGGCUCUUCCACCAGAUGGAAAGAAACUACGGACAGAAUGAUUUGUGAAAUAGCCUUUCUUCGAUCCAGAAUACAUUGUCAUAUACAGUUACAGAAAUAUGGCUAGAAAUUCUAAUCUAUGAAGGCGUAGAUUAAUUCUCAAGCACUCCAAGAAAUUAUUAAGGGUGCUUGGAUUGUUUUUAGAAGAAAUAAUUCUCAAGGUGCUUUGAGUGGUAAACAAAAUAAACACAAUGGCAUUUUGUGCUUAGCUGUCUGGUAAGAAUUUUCUCAAGCUGUCUUGGAAAACAGCCUCUGUGUAUGUGUAGGGAUCUGUCCCUCCCCAGACUCUGCAUUGGUGGGAGCCUCGUGCACUGGGCUGCCCCAUUUAGUCUGGUAAUAAUGGGUGAAUUGAGAUAGGAUGCCCAGGUAACUGGGUACCCAAUACCUGUGGAUUGCAGUGUUGCACUGAGACGCUACAGAAACACUGGUAUCAGUAGAGACAUGAAAGUCUGGAGCUGGGACUUGUGAGAAGGUAGUCCAGACAGACUUAUGAUGUUUCUGGGUUAGAGUUGGCCUACUUCGUUAAAGAUGGUAGUGUAGUGCAAAUGGUAGUUUGGCUAAGUUCCAUUUUUGAUGUCGCUCUAAUUUCUGGUAAACGGAUUUUUACAAUUUAUUAAGUUGUGACGGUGUGCAACUGCGUGACUUCAAGAAUAUUGGGCCUGGCUUGGGUGGAUUUUGAGCGUGAAAUCAUAGAAUGGAUUUGCUAGUUGAGCCAUCUAAUCAUCCUUUCACUAUCCUCUAUACAAGGCAAGUUUCAGCCCCAAACCCUUCGCAUGUGUUUUUGUGUUAUUAACUCUUUUUUUGGGCAAACUUUUAUAUUAAAGACUUGCAAACUUGAAUAGCUAAUAUCAGUCGGGAAAAUACCAAUACAAGGUGGCAAUCUAUCAUCAGAAAAAGGAUUUAGGUUGAGAAAUAUACUUCUUCCUCUUCAUGUGCCAUCUGAAUGAGGUAACAUUAAUCUUCGAUAAAAUGGUACAAUUCAUCAAGGC